UGAGCUUCCGUGAUGCGUCACCCGCCGACUUCCGGUGCAUCAGUGUCACCGUCCGACGUUUGAUGCAGAUCUGAGUGUCCUCAAGUACGUUCAAGAAGUUCGCGGCGACACUCGGGACCCACUUUUCAUAAAGCGCGUCCCGUACUUGUCCUUGGAAACGGACCGGGUGGCUCGAAAGAUUACCUUUUGUAAAACCGUAGGGCCUUUUAGCCAGGAAGCUAUUGCGAAGGGGUGCGGCAGAGGAAAGGCACCCAUGAGGCUCAAAGACCCAUUCUCCUUAAAACCCGCUGACAUGACGAAGCGGACCAGCCGGCCGAAAAAAACUCGCGAUGAGGAGUCCUCGGACGAGAUCAGCGGACUGACGUGUCAGCAUGUCAGCAAGGCGGUGGACCUGAGUUCAGUGAAGAAGGCGGUCGCACAGAACUUGUGGUCAGUGUGUACAGACUGCCUGAGAGAGAGGACCGUGAUCGAGGGCGAGCCCGCUGGGGAUGUCCUCCUGUGUCUCAGGUGUGGCUUCCAGGGCUGCAACCAGUCAGAAGUUCAGCACUCAGCCCGGCACCAGGUGGCGCUGCGUUCAGAAUGUCACUGCAUCUCCGUCAGCCUCAGCACGUGGAAGGCGUGGUGUUUGGAGUGUAACGAGGAGCUGUCCACACACUGCAACAAGAAGGUCCUGGCCCAAACACUGGACUUCCUGCAGAAGCACUCUGUGAAGGCAGCCUCAGCAGGGGGCCUGUCCAAAGUCAUCAAGCUGAGAGAGGAGCCCUCGGAGACUGCGGAGUCCCUGCGAGGGAAGGCGGCCGGCAGCAGCAGCCUUAUCCCCGUCAAGGGCAUCAGCAACCUGGGAAACACCUGCUUCUUCAACGCAGUCAUGCAGAACCUGUCCCAGACGCACCUCCUCAACGAGCUGAUCCUGGAGGUGAAGGAGAAAGGGCACCGGCUGAAGAUCUGCCCGCUUCCGGACGCCAACCUGGCCCCCCUGGUGGUCACCCUGCCCAGCCCGGAGCCCCUCACUUCCGCCCUGCUGCAGUUCCUCCACAGCAUGAAGGAGCCGGGAAAAGGCCCAGUCCCCCCCAAAGGCCUCUUCAACCAGCUCUGCCAGAAGGCUCCGCGCUUUAAGGGAUACCAGCAGCAGGACAGUCAGGAGCUGCUUCACUACCUGCUGGACUCCAUCAGGAUGGAGGAGACUAAGCGCAUCAAAGCCGGCAUCCUGAAAGCAUUUAACAACCCCACGGAAAAGACGGCAGACGAGGAGACCAAGAGGCAAGUGAAAGCCUACGGGAAAGAGGGGGUGAAGAUGAACUUUGUGGACCGGAUCUUCGUCGGCGAAUUGACCAACACCAUCAUGUGUGAAGUGUGUCAGCAUAUAUCCACCGUGAAGGAGGCCUUCAUAGACAUCUCCCUUCCCAUUAUCGAGGAAAGGAGCUCCAAACCCACCAACCCAGCGAGAAGCAGUAAAGGCAGCCGGGAGCUGGAAGCGCUGCUCCCCCGUGGCGAUGAGACCCCCAUGCCUCCCCAGGUCAGGAACGGCAAGAGGCCGGGCUCGCAGCAGGUCAGUAGGUGCCUUGGGGUCCUGGGGGAGAGAGGCACCGACAGGAACCUUGGCCGCCAGGAGGAGCUGGGCGGUACGGCCCGGGGGGGCGGCUCAGGGGCCAGCGACAGGGACACGGGGCUGGAGGAUAGCAGCAACGACGCAGACAGCGAGGCCUCUGAAAGUGAGUCUUCCUCCCGACUCCCGGGGGGCACCGUCUCCAGCCCGGCCUCCCUGAAGGUCCAGAAAGGGGGCGCCGUCCAGCAGCUGGUCAGUGCCGUUUCCAGGCUGGGCCUGGGCCCCGCCUGCGGCGAGCCACCUCCCUCGCACCUCCGCGGGGAGGAGCAGCCGCUGCCAGAGCGGCACCACCAGGGGGCAUUUCAGGCGCUGUCUCACAGCUACACACCGUACUCCAAGGAGUGCUCCAUACAAUCCUGCCUGCACCAGUUCACCUCCGUCGAGCUCCUCAUGGGGAACAACAAACUGCUGUGUGAGAACUGCACGGAAAUGAGGCGGCGGCAGCUACGGCGGAGCCCUACAGGGGACAAAAAGACUGAGAAGGUUUACACCAGUGCCCGGAAGCAGAUGCUGAUCUCCAUGCUGCCCCCAGUGGUCACUCUGCAUCUCAAACGGUUCCAUCAGGCAGGAGUAAGUCUGCGCAAGGUCAAUCGGCACGUCGAUUUUCCCCUCGUCCUGGACCUGGCCCCAUUCUGCUCUGCAUCCUGCAAGAACAUGGGGGCGGGCGAGCACGUGCUGUACAGCUUGUAUGGGAUCGUGGAGCACAGCGGGUCAAUGCGGGGGGGCCACUACGCCGCGUACGUGAAGAUCCGCUCACCUCAGCGCCGGGCCAGCCUGUCAGGUCCCAGGGAAGGCGGGGGCUCGUCGUCCGGCCAGUGGGUGUAUGUGAGCGACACCAGCGUCCAGGUGGUGGCCGAGUCGAGAGUCCUCGGCUCUCAGGCCUACCUACUCUUUUACGAGGAGCUGCUGUAGGCUGCCCAAGUGCCCAAGCUCCUGUCAACCCCAGAGAGAGACUCCUGCGGGAUCGUGCAGGUCCCUGCCCCUAGAAGAGCGCCCUGCACUGGCCAGUUACUCCUACAAAAACAGACAGGAGCGAUGGAUCUCAGCUGUGAGGGACACGUUCGACCUGUGCAGUGCAUGCUGGGAUCUCUCCUUCAGGGCUUAUGUGAUUCAGACGGCGCCUUUAAGUAAAGCCUGUCUUUAUGCUGACUGGCGGCCAUGGCGGGGAUUAAAGGUGCCCUCUCUGUCUCUCUGGUGCACAGAGAGCCCUGCCUGUAGUUUACAGAAUGAGGUGCUGCUGUGAAAAUAAUAUCGUGGGUUAUUUUGGAAGAAUGUAUGCAUGUGUGUCAUUCGUUGUCUGUGCCUAGUGUGUGUGCUUCCAGAUGGCACCACAGCGCUGGUAUCUAUCCGGCUUCAAGACUCUGCUGCUCCUCACACGGUUCUGCUGUCUCCUGUUGGCUCUCGCCAUCCAUAUUCCUCCUGUUACUCAGGGGCACUGACCAGCAGACACAAUGCAAGCUUGCAGAGCAGUUUGGUCAUUAAUUUAUCCAUUUAUUCAAAGUCUAGAUGGUUCUGAUUUUUAUUUUAUUUUUUACAUUAAAUCACCAGUAUCUGAUGCAAAAAAUAAUUAUCUACAGAUUAUUUUGGAAAGGAAUGUAUCUGGUAACUUGUGUUCAGAGCUGUCUUCUCCCUGCUGUGUUAUUAUAUAUAAUUUGACAAAAAUGUUCUUCUAACUUGCUAGUGAUUCUUUGCCAGUAAACAAGAGUUAAUUACCCACUGGACAAACAUGAAAUGGAAGGAGAUGAUGGGCAUUUUUGCUCUGGCCUCAUGCUGCUUGUGUGUCACCCAAAGGUUCUCUGUGAUCUUGAAUACUCAGCACCUUUCCUUAUUGGUUCCUUUUUUUUUUGGCCACACUGCUUCCUCCUUCACGGCUGAAUGUUGUCUUCACUGCAGAACAGUUUUUUUUUUUUUUUUUGCUCUGAAAUCCCAGCUUUUAAAAUUCCACGUCUGUUUAAAAAUGCUUGAAUUCACAGCUUCCGUGUGCUGCCUCAUCGCUCUUUGCCAAGCAGACAGCCCUGCGAACUGGAGAAUGUUUAUCGUCCAAAUCUGCAGGAUUCCGUGUCUGUCGGUACACUCAGUCGGCACACGUUACGGCGUGGCGCCUCUGAUCUGCCGCGACUGCAGCCGAGCCGUGCUGUUUGGGGACAUGUCUGGAGCUGGUGCAGGAGAGGUGGGUGUGGAUGGAGGAAAAGGGCACCGUCAGAAAAAUCUCAUGCACUGCCACACGCGUCAAACCAACGCUAACGGUCCAGCAUGGUGUCGGACAAUGGCUAAAUCUUUCAGACGUCUAUUUAUAAAUUUAGUAUGCCAAGGGAUGUUUUUUCAAAGGUUAAAGAUGAUCUGUUAUGCACGGCCUGCUUGUCUUGAUUAAAUGUGGGCCCUGGGGCCAUUGUGCAUACCCA